GGAGAGAGCUUUGCCAGGGUCUGACCCUGCCUCCCCCUCCCAGCGCGAGUGCAUCUCUGUCCACGUCGGCCAGGCUGGCGUCCAGAUGGGUAACACAUGCUGGGAGCUGUACUGCCUGGAGCACGGCAUCCAGCCCGAUGGGCAGAUGCCCAGCGACAAAACCAUCGGCGGAGGGGACGACUCCUUCACCACCUUCUUCUGUGAGACUGGAGCUGGGAAGCACGUCCCACGGGCCAUCUUUGUGGACCUGGAGCCCACUGUGAUCGAUGAGGUUCGGGCUGGGAUCUACCGCCAGCUCUUCCACCCUGAGCAGCUCAUCACCGGCAAGGAGGAUGCUGCCAAUAACUACGCCCGCGGGCACUACACUAUUGGCAAAGAGAUCAUCGACCAAGUGCUGGACAGGAUCCGGAAGCUGGCUGACCAGUGCACUGGCCUUCAGGGAUUCCUCGUGUUUCACAGCUUUGGAGGUGGCACUGGCUCUGGAUUCACCUCCCUGUUGAUGGAGCGACUCUCCGUUGACUACGGGAAGAAGUCCAAGCUGGAGUUCUCCAUCUACCCUGCACCACAGGUCUCCACUGCUGUGGUGGAGCCCUACAACUCCAUCCUCACCACUCACACCACCCUGGAGCACUCAGACUGUGCCUUUAUGGUGGACAAUGAGGCCAUCUACGACAUCUGCCGCAGGAACCUUGAUAUCGAGCGCCCAACCUACACAAACCUCAACCGCCUCAUCAGCCAGAUUGUCUCAUCCAUCACAGCAUCACUGCGGUUCGAUGGGGCUCUGAACGUUGACCUGACCGAGUUCCAGACCAACUUGGUGCCCUACCCUCGCAUCCACUUCCCCCUGGCUACCUACGCCCCUGUCAUCUCCGCAGAGAAAGCUUACCCCGAGCAGCUGUCAGUGGCCGAGAUCACCAACUCCUGCUUUGAGCCGGCCAACCAGAUGGUGAAGUGUGACCCUCGCCACGGCAAGUACAUGGCCUGCUGCCUGCUGUACCGUGGGGAUGUGGUGCCCAAGGACGUCAACGCUGCCAUCGCCACCAUCAAGACCAAGCGCAGCAUCCAGUUUGUGGACUGGUGCCCCACGGGCUUCAAGGUGGGCAUCAACUACCAGCCACCCACGGUGGUGCCAGGGGGGGACCUGGCCAAGGUGCAGCGCGCUGUCUGCAUGCUGAGCAACACCACGGCCAUCGCCGAAGCCUGGGCUCGCCUGGACCACAAGUUCGACCUGAUGUACGCCAAGCGAGCCUUCGUGCACUGGUACGUGGGCGAGGGCAUGGAGGAAGGGGAGUUCUCCGAGGCACGGGAAGACAUGGCUGCUCUGGAGAAGGAUUAUGAGGAGGUGGGCCUGGACUCCUACGAGGAUGAAGAGGAGGGCGAGGAGUAGAGAAGCCCCUGCCCAAGAGGACCGUGCUUCUUCCCUGUGUUCCCUGCAGAAACCCUUUGCAAUAAACCGUUUCAGAGCCUCUGUGU